AUGUCACGUAUUCCAUAUCAUAUCCUCUCCAACAUUGUCGAAAAAUUAGAUGUGAAAUCACUUGUUCGAUUCAAAACCAUGAACAAGGAAUGGCAAAAUUAUAUUAACAACUCAAAUUUCAUCAAACAACAUCUAAAUAACUCCCUACAACACCCUACUGAAUUUAAUACUCUACUCAUCUUUACUUCUGGACAUUCCCUCUACCUUGUGGAUGAUCUUAGAAGCUUAUCACCUUGUCCCAUCAAACUCCCUCUACCUCCUGCAUUCCAGCACGUCUCACCCCCAACAUUAGUAGGUUCGUGCAACGGCUUAGUAUGCAUUAGCAGUGGUGUGUUUCAGAACAAUUAUUUUCUGUUCAACCCAACAAACCCGACAGCUGUAAAGAUCCUUCCUGUUGCAGACAAUGAUAUAAGCAGGUAUGGUUACUCGAGUAGGUGCUAUAUAUCUGUUGGUUCGGCUUUUGGUUAUGAUGAAAAGAACGACGAUUACAAGAUCGUGUAUAUUUGGUACUGGAGAGAUAGCUAUGAUUAUUUAGGAGUUGAAGGAAUGAUUUAUAGCUUAAAAUUAGGAUCAUGGAAACUCUUAGAUCCUCCUGCAUACGUAGGAGGACAAUGGACGUAUAUUGUUUUCGCCUUCUUAAACAAUUGCUUACAUUUUUACACAAACGGUAACGAUGUAAAUGUGAUUAUUAGCUUUAAUCUACAUGAUGAAGAAUGGAGUCAGAUAUAUUUCCCUGAUUUAGAUGAAACAUAUGAGGUGAACGAUGUGUUUGUUUUGGAGGGAUGUCUAAGCGCGUUGAUUGUUAUUCGUCAACAACAUUGUUUUUAUCAACAGUUAUGGGUUAUGAAAGAAUACGGUGUUACAGAAUCAUGGACAAGAUUAUUGAUUUUUCCAUUAUCAUGGACAAGUUUAGUAAGUUUAAAUGUUCUGUUUUAUUCUAAAAGGCUAAAAAGAUACUUGUUAUCAUUGUGUGUCAGUGGAGAGAACGAUUAUGAUUUAUUUUGGUAUAAUGAGGUAGAUGGGUAUACAGAGGAAGUUAAGAUUCAAGGUGACCUUAAGAUUCAUGGUAUUCAAAUGGUUAUUCCAAGCCUUGUUCCAAUUGGGUGUAGGAGGCUUAGGGCGCGAUCAAGAUCGGAGAAGACUGUUGGGAAGACUAAAGGAAGUCCUGACUCCUGA